UCUAGCUCUUCCGGGGGAAUCCCGAGGCGUUCCCAGGCCAGCCGAGAGACAUAGUCCCUCCAGCGUGUCCUGGGUCUUGCAUGUUUUACUCAAUGCUAAAUCUGCAAAGAUUCUUUGGAAAACUUUUGUUUAUUUGAAAACUUUUGCUUCACUUUCAGUUCACUUUUCCUUUCUAGCUGUGAGAAACGCCUCUGUCUCUCAUGUGCUUUGUGGCUGAACACAAUGUUCACCAAAUGGCUUAAAUAUAAGUUUUUACACGUUUACUUACUUGGUAAUGUUAAAAUAUAUUAACACUUAAUGCAGAUUAAUCUGUUCUUUAAAAAACUUGUAACUUAGAUAAAAGAAAUGAAGCCUAAAUAAACAUAAGAGAUGAGGAAGUAUCACCUCUCUAACAGGAAGUACAGAUGCCCUUCAACAAAAUGCUUCUACCAGACGCUUUAUUUAGUCAGAACAAGAACGACGAGGCGUCGAUGAGCAAUGGCUGAGCUAAAAUUGAUCAAAGUUCAUUUAUUUCUAAUCCUGGGGCUUCAGUUUAUUGUGUGCGCAGGUGGAUCAUCUGUUUUCAUAAGAUCUGGGGAUGAUAUGGUUUUGUCUUGCCAACAUGUGAUAAGUGGUCAGAUAAACUGUAAUGGUACCACAUGGCUCUAUAGUAACCCCAGAGGCUCAGUAGAACUGGUUACACUGGGACAGGUUAAAAAUGUUCAGAGUAAAUCUAACAGACUGAGUGUUGCAGCAAAAUGUUCUCUGGUAAUGAGGAACAUCACAGUGAAGGAUGCUGGUUAUUAUGAAUGCCAACAAUAUAAAUCUGAAGCUGAACCCAGUAAACACAUUCUGGUUCAUCAUUCUGGAGUUUCUCUGUCUGUUGUUCACAUGAGUGAGCAGAAGGUUACAGAUGUGGUGACAUUAACCUGCUCUGUGGAGACACGCGGUCAGUGUGGAUACAGAGUGAAAUGGCUGACUGACUGUUCUACUGGGAAUAUCGCUUUGAUCAACUGUACAACACAACACUCUGGCUGCUCUGCUGCAGUUUGUUUUAUAGAGGAUUCCUAUACACAGAGGUGUGAGGUCCAGUGUGAAGUCACAGACGGUGAAACCAAACAGAUCUUCAACUUCAACCAUCAGUCCACUGAAGAUAAAUCAGGUAAAACUUCAUGCAACCCAACAAGAAAACCGUUUGAUACCACAACAUCAGAUCCAGCCACAAAACCUACAAACGUUCUCCUGUCAAAUGAAGCUCCAUCAGGAGCUCCCUACAUUGCUGCUGCUGUGGUCUUAGUCGCACUCUUGACAGUUGCUGGGAUUGUCAUCAGAUGGAGAACUAAACGAAACGUGAAGCAGGUGCAUGUCUAUGCUGAAGUGAAUCCAACUGUUCCAGUAUCUACCACCAACCAGGAAACCAGCAGAGACAACGUGGAGGAUGAAGAUGGUGUCUACUACUCCACCAUCAGUGAAACUCCAGUCAGGUUUAAUGUUGUUGGUGAAAGGGACGACAUGACCUACAGCACUGUGGGAGCUCCAGGCCCGCCUGCUGCAGCCUUUACUGAUCCCAACGGCCUCUACUCUCUCCUCACCGCUCCAGGCAAAUAGGUUGGAAUGAGACUUUAAUAAUACUUUUCUGUUAAAUUAGUAACAUGUAAGUUCCAGAUGUUGGUGGUUCUGAGUGACUCUUAUAUCUCUCUUUGUUUUAAAACGAAUUCGAUAAUUUUGUCUGACAUUUGCUUUUAUCAGUUUCCUGUAUUUCUAUCAGCUGCAUCAAUAAAAUAGUUUGUUGUCGUUA